UAUUGUAAUUCCAACUGUUAAGUAUUCAGAUAGUAAAAUAUACACUACACUAUAUGAGUGUGGCUCCACCGUACACACCGGCCACGGUUCAUAUUCCAAGUACGUCCAGCGAUAACGGUAAUAAUAAUAAUAAUAAUAAUAAUUACUGAAAUAUAUUUUACAAUAACGUUACAACAGCUACGAUUACAACCGCCGACUAGAUUAGUUGUUAUAAUUUUUUCGAUCAGUCCUAUCGCGUUACCUUGUCCGAGCACAAACACACCGCGCCGCACAUUUGGAUUGCCCAAUAUUUGUUUAAAAUUAAAUCUACAUUUUUUCGCCUCGAAAAAUGUCGACCGGUGUAAUUUUUCGAAAAGGCGCUAAAGGUGAGAAAAUCACGGAAAACCGAAUAGAACACCUUUGACGGACCGAAUUCGGGCAGAAACUUGAGCGGUCAGUUACAACAAUAUGCACGUCCAACGACGAAAGAGGUCCGCCGCUUCCUACGGUGAUGACGCACAGGUUGGAUCUUGCGUCGAGAUGAAACCUUGUGGAACGGAAGCGGCCUGCAACCAGCUGCAAAAUAACACUUAUAUUUGCAUAUGUCCACAAGACGGGAGCAAACCCACCAAAGACUUGAAAUGUCCCAAGCGAUACACAGUCCCGUUGUCACCUAAAACAAUACCGAAUUUGAGCAUAAAUAAAAACGAACCCAGAAAGUACCAUUCUGGAUUGACGAUAUUGUCGCCACACAAUACAAAUCGAUCAACUCCAUCGACGCCGUUGAACGAAACCACGUCGUUUUUCCCAAUGAAGCCGUUGUACUUGGACGUGCUGGGCUUCUUAAUGACCAUAAAUCCAAUUAUUUUGUUAGCAGCCGCGGUGGCGACCGUUACAGCAAUUGUCAUUUUGUUGGUCAUGUGUUGGAGCUGGACUACGAAACGGACUUGUUGCCAAAAGAAGACAUUAAACAACAAGUAUAAUUUGUGUGCACAGACGCCGGUGGUCCCAUUGAUAAAAGGAAUGAUACAAGACGACUGUUACACUAUGAAUCCACAGUACGGGUCACAAUCAGCGGAUGACAGCAUGUUAAGGGAUACCAUUUUGAUACCGUACCUGAGUAAAGACUGCAUAUCGUCCAUGGAGGAAAUAGGCCAGGGCUAUUUUGGCAAUGUCUACAAAGGUACGUUAAGGCAUACGGAUGGCAAAGAGGAGACCGUGGCGAUAAAAGUAUUGAAGGAUCAUGCUAACUCGGAAGCCAAGGAAGACUUCAUGCGGGAAGUAGAGAUUAUGACGUAUUUCAGACACCAAAACAUUCUUACUUUAAUCGGAGUUUGUCCUCAAGAAGACAAAUUCUCUCCCUGGAUGGUGUUCGAGUACAUGGCAUACGGUGACUUGACAGAAGUAUUGCGUAACAGCAGCGAACAGUUCACUAGUUACUCCUCGAACCUGCCCAUCUUAGACAAGGACGCAUUGUUAAUAAUAUCGUUGCAAAUAGCAGCUGGUAUGAAGUAUUUAGCCAGCCAGAGAUUUGUGCAUAGAGAUUUAGCUUGCAGGAAUUGCCUGGUCGGGAAUAACCUGACCGUGAAAAUUGCUGAUUUCGGAAUGAGCAGAGAUAUAUACACCUGCGACUAUUAUAAAGUCGGAGGUUCAAGAUUGCUUCCAGUGAGAUGGAUGUCCCCAGAAAGCGUCAUUUAUGGCAAAUUUACAUUGGAAUCAGACGUGUGGUCGUUUGGCAUUGUACUAUGGGAAAUAUAUUCAUUAGGAAAACAGCCUUACUACGGAUAUUCCAACGAUGAAGUUUUAAAGUUAAUACACGACGGUGUGUUGCUGGAGAUCCCGCUGAACUGCCCGCCUGUUAUUUGUGUACUGAUGAACGGCUGCUGGAAGAGCGACCCCAAGGAACGGUUGAGGUUCUCUGAUAUAUACGAGCGGUUAAAGAACGUGACCAAACGACCCGAGUUGGAUAGUCCAUUGCCCCGACCACCCGCCUUGCCAGCCAUCGUCAAUCACCUGAAUCUCCGGCAGUAUUCAUCAGAAGAGCUGUUGGACGUGGACAACUAUUUACAACCCGACGACCUGGACGACACCAGAGAAUAUAUAUUACCCCUGCCUUAUUGAGUUAACGGCACGAUUCAGUUCCUCUAUAGUAAUUUUUGAUAGUUUUUUGUAAAUUAGCAAUAUUACUUGAAUAACAAUUUUAUUUUGCUAAGUCCUUACUCAUCGUGUAUCUCGUAUCUGACUUUUCAUGAAACAUUAUUUUAUCCACCUUUGCGUGUCCAUGUCACUUGUUGUUUUUUAAUUUUAUUACCUAUAUAUUUGGUAAAAAUCUACGUACAAUUAUUUUUUAGUUUGUAAUUAAAAACAAUUUAUUUUUAAGUACACAAUAUUAUAGUUUUAAAUUGUAAAACGUUUUUAGAAAAUAUUUGGUUCUAUUUUGUUUCAUAUACAUCCAGUGAUGAGUAGCAUACACAAUAUUAAUGCAGAUGAUAUUUUAGUUAA